AUGGACUCCACAUCAGCUGCUGAUAACAUAAGGGAAGAUGCUGUGAGCAAGGUUUUGGGAAAAGACAAACCUGGACGAGUAAGGGGCUUUGGUAGAGGGAUUACAGCUAAUAAGCUAGCAUAUCUGCAAUUUAGAGACGCUAAGAUUGCAGAAAUGAAAAGUGAGAUUGAAGAGUUAAAGGGGAUGGUGCGAGAAUUAGCUGAGAAGAAGAAAAGUAAUGUUGAUGCUGAAACAUCUGAGAGUAGUGGUGGAUUCAAAGAAGGAGUCAGAGUACAAAUACUGGAUUGGAUUGAAUCAGAGGAUGUUGUUGUUGGUGAAGGAGAAUUCUGCUCUGCUGAACCGAAGUACAAAAUUGGUCGUAUACCAAUUGGUCCUAAUGCAGUGGCUAUCGUAGUUAAGUAUGCACUAAGCGCAUCAGCUUCACUCUGGAGGCCUACUACGGAUGUGUUAACUCUUGAUGAAGCUGUGGGAUACAAGAUAUCUUGGCCAAUGGAUAAAGUGAUUUUGGAUAAGGAUCCAAACUGUUCUGAAGAUUUAUCUAUGCAAAGCAAGGAAGGUGAAUAUCGAAGAUGCAAGAUAUAUGAUUGGACCAAUGAUGAGGACGAGGUCAUUGCUGAAGGUCUCGUGUGCUCUUCAAAAUCCAAAGACAUGGUUAACAACAUACCUCUGGGUCCCAAUGCUGUUAGUGUCGAAGUAGUGAAGGUGUUCAAUGAUCAAGCAUAUUUGUGGAGGCCAACCGCUGAUAUGUUCUUGAUUGGUGAUGCACUUAGCGAGAAAAUAGCAUGGCCAGUCCUAAAGGUUGAAGUCAUGCCUACACCCGCUACAGAAGUAACACCAACUAAAUGUGCAGGGAAGAAAAUAGCAUCACCUUCGAAGCCAGCCAAGAAAAAAGCAGUGGUAUGUAAUUGACAUGAAGUUAAAUUUUUUUAUUUGCCUGAUGAUUGAUGUUGCGGCCUUGAUUGAUGUUGGAACUUGCUUCUGUCAUCUUGUUUGAGUUGUAGAGUCCAGGUAGCACUAGUUCGACCAGAAGUCCGAAGCAGAAGUGCACUCUCUUGGAUUGCAACAACUCUGGACGUAAGGUAGCUGAAGGAAGGGUAGCUUCAACGGAUCCGAAUGAGUUGUGCCACUUUGUACCCCUAGGUCCAAAUGCAAGCAAGGUGUGGAUUGAUGUGGCUAAGAUCGAUGAUGCAAAAGUCUGGAGGCCAAAUUCAGAGAUUGAAUACAUAUCUGAUGCAAUGGGUUCGGUUGUGGCAUGGCCAAAUGACAAAAUCAAGUUUGUCUAAAAUUAUCGUAUCGGCUAUGUAUUUCUAGUGUGUGAUCGAAUGUUUAGGUACUUUUUUACUCGGUUGAAAUCAUGUAUGAUAUUAUGUAACAGUUAGCAGACAAAAAAAACAAAAAUUAUGUGUUAUAUUAUGAUAUAAGGUUAUGUGUGAAAAUGUUUAGCUUGUUAACCCCUAUACCCUUAAGUGCAUAAUUUUAAAUUAAACCAUAAGCUUUAAAAAUUAAAUCCACAGACGGGAAGACCAAAAAUUAAAAUCCUAUACCCUAAAGUGAAAUCCCUAAACCCUAAAGUACAAACCUAUACCCUAUACCCUAAUUGUACUUGAUUUCACAAUUUUGUUCAUUCUUAAAAGGAUAUUGUAAUCUUAAUUUCACAAAACUGAUUAGUUAUAAAUUUUAUAAACACUCAUUUGUUCAAACCCUAUACCCUAAAGCCUUUGUACAUACAAAUAAGUAGUAGUGUUUAUGAACAUAUGAGCUAGAUUGAUCAAUCUUAUAAAAGCUCACAUAAAAAAUUUAUAUUCAUACAAUUUUUUUUUUGUAAAAUUGGAAAACUGAAUAUUUGAUUUUUAAGAUUUAAUUUAAUUUUUUUUUGCUUCAAAAUCAUAUUUAUAUAUUAAUUUCCAGAUUUCAAACGAAAUUAAUACCUUGAGCCAAUAAGGAGUAACCUCCAAGAUUGCAGACGUGGCAAACCAUAUGCCGAUGGAUGUGUCUUCCCAACUUCAAUCUUAGCCAUUCUUUUUAUUUUUUGAGCCAAUGAGGAGCAACUACUAAGAUUGCACUCGGAUUAAUCAUAGACCGUCCGAUUUCUCUCCAAAUCUUUGAUCACAACCGUUCAUUUUUUUCUGUCUCUGUUUGCACUCGGAAAAUUUCAGAACACAACAUCUCUCUUUCUGUCGAAACUCCUUUCUGUCUCGCGAUCUAAAAUCGAAAAAACCCUAAAGAAAGCACAUGUAUCUCUCGAGCUAAAAUCAAACCAGCUGUUCCUGUAUUCGCCGAUUGAAAGUAAGCAAAUGGAUAAGUCGUGGAUUUGGCUUCCAAGGUAUAACCUAAAAUCCCUCGAUCUCAUUUCUACUCGCCGAUUGAAAUAAAGCUAACUUCUUUUGUCUGAUUCUUGUAGGAAUAGCCACGAGUAUUCAGAAGGAGCAACUAAUUUUGUGAAUUCGUCCGCAAAAAGAUUGGGAAGUCUGUCUGAAAUGCUAUGCCCUUGUAGAGACUGCCGCAAUCUGAGCCAUCAGUCACUGGAUAAAAUUGUGGAGCAUUUGGUGAUUAGGGGUAUGGAUAAGAAGUAUAAGAGUUCUCGUUGGAGUAUUCAUGGAGAAAAAAGAGAUUCUGCAGAAGACAGUGUUCUUCAAUAUGAAACAGAGGCGUUUGAUUUGUUUAAGACAACAUUCUCCAUGGACGAAGGUGGUCCAAACCCUACAACUGACAACGAAGACGAUGAAGCACCAGAGGAAAUUGAGUUUAAGAAAAAGCUCAGAGACGCUCAAACGCCAUUAUACUCGGAUUGUCUCAAGCACACAAAGGUUUCAGCUAUCAUGGGACUUUACAGAUUCAAGGUUAAAAGUGGUGUGUCGGAGAACUACUUUGAUCAGCUGUUGGUUUUACUUGAGGAUUUGCUACCUGAAGACAAUGUUCUUCCCAAGAGUUUAGCUGCAAUCAAAAAAUUUCUGAAGAUCUUUGGGUUCGGCUACGACAGUAUUCAUGCUUGCAAGAAUGAUUGCAUAUUGUAUAGGAAGGAGUAUGAGAACCUAGAAAGCUGUCCAAGAUGCAAAGUUUCAAGAUGGGAAAUGGAUAAGCACAGUAAUGAGUUAAAGGUGGGGAUUCCGGCAAAGGUCCUUAGAUAUUUUCCAAUCAAGGACAGGUUUAGGAGGAUGUUUAGAUCACAAAGGAUGGCUGAAGAUCUGCGUUGGCACUAUACCAAUGCCACUGAAGAUGGUACAAUGCGGCACCCUGUUGAUUCUAUCUCUUGGGCACAAGUGAAUGCUAAAUGGCCAGACUUUGCUGCUGAUCCACGGAAUCUUCGACUUGGGAUUUCUACAGAUGGGAUGAACCCUUUCUCCAUGCAAAGCACCAAUCACAGCACAUGGCCAGUGUUGUUAGUGAACUAUAACACGCCUCCAACCAUGUGUAUGAAGGCUGAGAAUAUAAUGCUGACUUUGUUGAUCCCUGGUCCUACUGCUCCUGGUAACAACAUUGAUGUUUACCUAGCACCACUGAUAGACGAUCUAAAGGAUUUGUGGGCUGAGGGUAUUGAAGUGUAUGACUCAUUUGCGAAGGAGAACUUUAAUCUCAGAGCCUUGCUGCUUUGGAGUAUCAGUGACUAUCCAGCCUUAGGAACACUGUCUGGAUGUAAAGUAAAGGGGAAACAAGCCUGCAAUGUAUGUGGAAAGGAUACACCUGCAAGGUGGCUUAAGUUUAGCCGCAAGUUUGUCUACAUGAGUAACAGAAGGAGACUACCGCCUGGCCAUCGUUACAGAUAUAAAAAAGCUUGGUUUGACAACACUGUGGAGGAAGGGAAUGCUAAUAGGAUACAAACAGGCGCUGAGAUAUAUGAGACACUACAAGCUUUUACGAAUGAUUUUGGUAGACCUCUAGAGAAGGAAAAAAAAAGGAAAAGACUAGAGUUGGAAGAUGAUGAGAGGUUACAAGAAGAAGAGUGUGAAGAAUCAAAUGAACUAUGGCGGUGGAAGAAGAGAUCAAUAUUCUUUGAUCUACCUUACUGGAAGGUAAACUAUAGUAACUGACCUAUAUUAUCUGAUUACUGGAAGAAGAGAUCAAUAUGUCUAACAGUUUCUUGUUUAAUGUGUUAGGAGUUGCCUGUUCGUCACAAUAUUGAUGUUAUGCACGUAGAAAAGAAUGUGUCCGAUGCUAUAUUGUCUCUGUUGAUGCAAAGUGCGAAGUCAAAAGAUGGGUUGAAAGCAAGAAAAGACUUAGAAGAUAUUGGAAUCAGAAAGCACUUGCACACAGAGGUGAGGGGAAAGAAAACAUACUUACCUCCUGCUGCCUACUGGUUAUCGAAGAGAGAGAAGACCAUUUUCUGCCAAAGGUUAGCUAAGUUUAGAGGCCCUGAUGGUUAUUGUGGUAAUAUUGCGAAUAGUGUUUCAGUUAACCCUCCAAAUAUUGGUAGUUUAAAGUCGCAUGAUCAUCAUGUCUUAGUACAGAACUUGUUACCAGCUGCAUUAAGAGGGUUGUUACAUAGGGGUCCUAGGAUAGCCAUAAAUAGAUUAUGCAGUUACUUCAACAGGUUGUGUCAGCGCAUCAUUGACCCAAAAAAAAAACUUAUAUCCAUGGAGACAGAGUUUGUGGAGACAAUGUGUUAGCUGGAGCGCUUCUUCCCUCCAGCCCUUUUUGAUAUCAUGUUUCACCUUCCACUACAUUUAUCAAGAGAGGCACGGUUGGGAGGACCAGUUCACUUCCGAUGGAUGUAUCCCUUCGAAAGGUUUGAUCAACAUCUCUCUUCAAUAUAUCCACUUCCCACAAUGAUGUUUGACUAAUAUUCAUAUUUCCUGAGUUAUAGGUACAUGAAAACACUAAAGGCUUUUGUUAAGAAUUAUGCAAGGCCAGAAGCAUGUAUGGCUGAGGCGUAUUUAGCUGGAGAAUGUGUUGCAUUUUGUUUAGAGUUCCUUAAAGAAUCAGUACCAGUUCAAGAAGCAGUUAAUCGUAAUGAAGAUGUUGAGGCUGAUAGAAUGGUGGUUGAAGGCCGACCUCUGCAGAAGGGUAUAGAGGUUACCCUGUCAGAUAAAGAUAGAGACAUUGCACAUCGAUAUGUGCUAAUGAACAUGGCAUCUUUGGAUCCCUUUCUUGAGUAAGUAAUUCUCUAUGUUUCUUCUACUUGUUUUACUCAUAAUUUCAUUUUCAUAUACUGUUGUUUAAUUUAAAAUCAGGAUGCAUUUGGAAGAGUUGCAAGCUAAGGAUGCUCGAUUGGCUAAAAAUGAAACUUUGUUAUGGAAAAACCAUACUGAACACUUUACAGAAUGGCUUAAAAAUAAGGUUACAAACUCCAAAUUCUUUUCUUGAUUAUUAUUGUAAAUACUGGUUAGCUUGUUUGGUGAUGACUGGUUAGCUUGUUUGGUGAUGACUAGUUAGCUUGUAUCAUGAUGCCUGGUUUGUAUCUUGAAGAACAUGUCCAUAUUUUAGCGAAUUGAUGUCUGAGUAGCUUAUAGCUUGAUGAAACUGUCUGGAUUUUUAGUAUUUUGAUGACUGGUUAGCUUGUAGAUUGAUGAUUGGUUUCGUGGUACAUAUUAUCAUGUUUUGAUUAUAAUUUAAGUACCUCGGCUUGAUGAUAAUCCUCUGAUUUCCUGCGGCAGAUUCAUUUAGACUCAAAAGAUAGUCAUUCUAAGGAGAUAAGGUGGUUGGCAUUUGGACCAAGAAAUGUUGCUUUAGCACAUAAAGGAUUCAUCAUCAAUGGCCAACGGUUUCAUACUGAUGCGGUCAAGCUGAAGACACAAAACAGUGGAGUAACUUAUGAAGCCUUUAGCAUGUGUAGAUCAAGUGCAAGAGAUAUGAAACAGGUCGCGGAUAUGAUUACAUACUAUGGAGUGAUAAAGGAGAUUUUGGUCAUCGACUAUCACAUGUUCAAAGUGCCACUCUUUAGAUGCAACUGGGCAAACACAGCGAAUGGUGUGAAGGAAGAAGAUGGCUUCACUCUUGUUAACCUUCAUAUGAACCAAGCAGCCUUUUGAAAGAUCCAUUCAUUCUACCUUCUCAAGCGAAACAGGUUUUCUACUCUAGGGAGGAUGAUGCUUCAAAUUGGUAUGUUGUUAUGAGAGCACCACCUAGAGGUUAUCAUGAGUUGGAAACAGAAGAGGAUUUAGGUGGUGCUCCUUUACCUAUCCAAGAAGUUGAUGAUAUGGGUGAUGAUAUGGAUGAUGAUAGUAGUGUAUAUGUUAGGGAUGAUUGUGAAGGUUUAUUAGUGGUAGAUUGAUGAUAUGUUGUAUGCUUGUGUGAUGGUUUGUAUGAAUGUGAUAAUGUUGUGUUAUGGGAUUUGAAUAAUUAUAUUGAUUUUUGGAAUUUUAAUAAUUUAUAUUGUUUUUA